CAACUCCCUUUUAUUUUCGUAAUGCUUGUCUAAGAUCGUCCAUGCGCGUUCGUAAUUGUCUCCGGUUACGUUUAACGAUCGAAUUAAUUUUUCAGCUGUGCCUUUCACGCACGACCGAAGGUAGUGGAAGCGCUCAACAUUUGAAAUGGCUGAGUUUUUGCCGAUGACCGACUGGAAGAGGUCACGAAACGACGGCAAGUCUUCAUACGCGCCUGAGAAAUCGCGCAGCGUAAUGCGGAGCAACGAGGUCUUUGGAGAGUGUUCGUUGUUCUGCUCCGGCCCGGCUGGCACUCUGGGCGUCGCGGGUUUCAAUUUAUUCGCGAGACCGGUCGUCGAGAAUGCGGAUGCGGGUGCUCACAGCGUCGAGGGUGAGUUUAUCUACACCCAGCUUCCUGAGGUUGUCCAUGGAACGGGAGAUGCGGCCGUGGAUGUCGUGCUGACUGCUCAGCAAGGCGCUCUGAUCCAUGUUCAUGACUGCGGUCGUUCUUUGCGGAAGCACUCCCGAGGUUGCGGUUGCCGGUAUGAUCCGGCUCGAAGGACCAAAAAUGUUCGAGAGCGCGCGGUAGCGCGAGAUAGCGCGCGGUAGAGGACGACCACAAAAGAAACGGAGAGGAACAGCAAGUACAGAACUACAAAGUUUAAUGUUCAAUAUGUACACUUAUUUACACGAGUUUCUUUUUCAGGCAAA